AUGGAAGACAGGUGGGUUGAUGCUGCCAACCAUCUGACCGAGCACGCGAAGCAAGGGCGGUUACGACUGGCUUACGGAGAAGAUGAAUUAUGCCUCGACGACUUUUCCCCCAACGACCUAGUCAAUGCUUUUCUCUCGACGCAUUGCGAUGUCGCCAUCGAAUUACCGUCACUCGCCGACAAGCUCUGGCAUCCCUUGCUAGAGCUGGAAGAGCAACUCCGACGGCAGCUUCGCCGUCGCUCUAGGAAGUCGAGCAUUCACAACGAGACGACGACGGCCAGACUACUGUGGUAUAACUGGUUCUUCGUGAUAUCCUUCAUCACUUUUGUCGAGCCGCAGCGGCGAUGGGGCGAGGGAAGUGGUUCCCGCCCGGCGAGAGCAGCUCGUGUGGCCAACUCGACGAUGGACCGUGCCCGCUGCCUCUAUGGGAUCCGAGGCUUUUGUCUCUAUCAAGACUGGAGUGGUAGGGCUGUCCAGACGUUGCUGUCCAAGCCGGCCGAGCACCAUGCCAAGUCAAGCAGCAUUGCGCAAAGGGCUCUGCAAUUCUUCGACGAGUGCCAUUUCUCCGCAGCCAAGCUGGACGGUCCCGUCUUUUGCCCCGUCUUCUUGAUCGCCCAAGCGACAAAGGCCCCGUCAGUAAUCGGCUCGGUCCUUCUACAUGUCGAGCGACUGCUUAUUCUCUGGGCCAGGUUUGACUUGGUUUGCGAAAGAAUCGGCCUUGAGUCUCUGGCGGAGCUCGCACGAGGCAUGGAGGAGCCUCGAAUACUCGAUGAGUGCACGGGGAACUGUAUGGCUGUGCCGACACCUUUCAUGGAGCGCAUCCUUGCCGGUGCCUCGUGCGCAGUGCCAUUAGGCGAGUAUCAUAAAGACCCUUUGGAUACGCACAACGGCGUCUUCGGUGGUCUUUGGACUUGCGAAGAAGAAGCAGCACAGUGCGGGAAUGCGCUGAUGAAGGAUGGGAAAUCCGCCCAUCUGGAUGCCCUUCUAAGCAGCGAGACUACCGAGGCUUCGCUGGUCACGGAUGAAAUGGCGUUGGGCACAGUCGGCCAUUGUGGUGUUCUGCCGAGCUACGACUCGUUUCUACAGUUCGACCCAUGGUCAGCCGGCCACGUCACUGAUGGCUGCUCAUCAUCGCUCAGUUACGAUGAGUUGCUCCAGCUCCAGCUAUUCAGGUUAUAA